ACGUAAACAACGGGAGUAGGGAGUAGUAGUUGUCCCGAUUUUUACAACUUGUGUUACUAUUGUCUAGUAUAACGGUACUAUGAGUGAUAUUGGAUUGUUUUGAUUAGGAUGGACGACGAACGGUAUCGGUAGUAAAAGUGAAAGAAAACAAGCACGGAAACGAUUGUUUAAUGGUAUUUUCGUCAGCAACUCAUCAAAACUACGAUGGAACGCCUCUGUAGGCUGUGUUUGGGAACUGGAUCCGACUUGGGCUUGGGGCCUAUCAGUGAAGACAACGAAGUCGUCAACACUUCCUCCGAACAAAAUUUAGUUCAAUUAAUUUUGCGAUAUCUGUCGAUUCAGAUCAUCAAGGCUGAAAAUCCCAUAAGCUCCUUCAUUUGCACUAAUUGCAAAUCCCUGAUCGAGAACUGGCAUCGGUUCCACACAUCCUGCCUGGAAAAUGAUGAGAUAUACCACCAACGCGUACAAGCGCUUUACCAAGCGAAUAAAUCCAACGAAUUGGUCUUAUCGGUGGAACUCAAAGAAGAACGAUUGGACACUGCUACAACGGGAGACGAAAAUCCACCCACCGAUGAGCAUCUUGAUCCGGAUUACGAUCCGAAGGAGGCGACGAGCGAUGAAGACGACGAUGACGCUUGUGAUGACGCCGCCGUUGAUGACAGGGAUAACGAUAGCGAUUUUGAUGUCGGUUCCGAGUACUCUACGUAUGAAUACGAAGUGCUGGAAUCAGAAUCAGACGCGAGAACAAAGAGCAAAAAGAAGAAGAUGGACUCAAAAACGACCACAUUAACCAGUAGGCGUGGUAGACCCAGGUUGAAAACCGCGGAUGAUGCGACUUCGAAAGUCGCAAAACGGGCCGAAGUGUGCACGAUAUGUGGAAAAUUCAUCAAGAAUCUUACCGAGCACAUGAGGAUUCACAACAAUGAAAGAAGGCACCAGUGCCCGUACUGUGCAAAGUCGUUCGUCAGUGCGUCCAACUACAGUUCCCACGUGAAUAUCCACACCCGUGCCAAGAUGUACAAAUGCGACCUGUGCGACAAGCAGUAUGCAUUGCUGAACAGCAUGAAACAGCACCGGAUAACGCACUUCAAGGACCGGAUCUACCUGUGUCCUGUUUGUGGGAAAGCGUACUACCAACCGACGGGACUGGCCAGACAUAAGCGAACCCACUUCGAACAACCAACGAUCAAGUGCUCGGAGUGUGAUAAGAUGUUUUUGACUAAUGGAGAUCUCAGAAAACACUUCAAAAAGCACCUACCGGAGAAGCCGUUCAGCUGUGAGAUAUGCAGCCGGGCAUUCAAUCGGAAGGAUAAUCUCAAGACGCACAUGAAAACCCAUCGGGAGAAGGCGUCCAAGUCAGUCGUGGGCGAUAAACUGCUCGUGCAAGAAGCUGUGCCACACGUGGAAAUCAAACUAGAAAUCUCCAAGGUAUGAAAUGUGUAUGCUCAUUUUGAUUUGCUGGUACGUAUUAUGUUAGAUCGUUUCAAGUGGGUUGAAAUAUAGCAUGUAUGGUUUAACUACCAUAACUCCA